CUCCCCGCGUGCCGCUGUCCCUGUCUGUCUCCUCUCCUCCCCCUCCCCCUGCCUCCGCCGCCGCCGUGUGUCAGUCUCCAGUAGUCAGAGAGAGCUGCUGCUGCUGGGAAGGGGAGUGUGCGGCUCAGGGCUGAGUGCAGCAGCCGCCCCUCUGGAUGCCUAUUUUAGUAACAUCUCCCCGCCGGCCGCUCAGCAGCUCCUCACUGACAAACUUUCCCCGGACGCCCGCUCUGCACAGCCAGCCUAUCAUUGCUUUCCACAUUGGAUAUUAUGGAUCUUUUCCAAUAUUAGCACAACUGAGGAUGAGAAUGCUACAAUGGAGGACUGCUAUAUUGCCAAACUCAUUCCAUUUCUAAUGACAGCACAUUGUCUAACAUGUAUGGAAGCAUUAUGCUGAGCUGUCAUGACCAUCAGGAAUUUGUUGGAGUGGGUAUGAAAUAGAAACAGAUCUAGAAGCUAAAGAAGAUAUGGGAUAACAUCAUAAGUAAUUGAUAUGAGUUCGGAACAUUGCAGUGCUCAUGUGAAAGUCAUCUCGAGAACUGCAGCCAUGGGCGAUAAUGAGAGUUUUUGGGAGAGCCUUGUGACGGGACAUCCUGUGUGCAUCAACUGGAGGCAAGAGGCCGAAGGAUCUAUUUACCACCUGGCCAGUGUUCUGUUUGUAUUGGGCUGUAUGGGAGGAAGUGGGUUUUUUGGGCUUCUAUAUGUAUACAUCUUCUUUGCUUUGAGUUUUCUCUGUACGUGCAUAUGGGCCUGGAUGGAUGUCUGUGCUGCUGAUGUGUUCUCCUGGAACUUCAUCCUUCUUGUGAUAUGUAUUGUACAGAUAAUUCACCUCGCCUAUCAGCUAAGAAGUGUCACCUUCGACAAAGAAUUCCAGGAGGUGUAUAAUGCAGUCUUUCAGCCACUGGGGAUCUCACUAACUGUGUUUCGAAAGAUAAUUUCACAUUGUAAUGCAGAGGUGGUAACACUGGAAAGGGAGCAUUGUUACGCAAUUCAAGGAAAAACACCCAUCGAUAAACUUUCCUUACUUGUAUCUGGAAGGAUACGUGUGACUGUAGAUGGAGAGUUUCUUCAUUACAUUUUUCCACUUCAGUUUUUGGAUUCACCUGAGUGGGACUCACUCAGACCAUCUGAAGAGGGUUUUUUUCAGGUAACACUUACUGCAGAAACAAAGUGCCGAUACGUUACUUGGAGGAGGAAAAAGCUGUAUUUAUUAUUUGCCAAGCACCGCUUCAUCUCAAGACUCUUUUCAGUGUUGAUUAGGGGAGACAUUGCAGAUAAACUCUAUGCAUUAAAUGAGAAGGUGUUUGUGGACAGUGGGAUUCGAUUUGACAUCAGGCUUCCCAACUAUUAUCACAUGGCCUUACCAGAACAAUCACAUUUGACUGCACCCACCAUUUGUGUUCAGGACUUCUCUACGAGGAGAAAAGCAGCCAAACGACUGUAACCAACUUUUUCUCAUGGUCUUCCCACAGUGUGUUGGGAAUAUUAGCUUGAUAACAGGCAACACUCAUCAGCCAUGCAAUGCAAAGAGCCACUAGCUGCAUUAAUAGUGAGCAGUACUCACUGGUAUUCAUUGGUUUCCUAAUUAUUACUCUCUACUAAUUUCCAUCCAGUUCAUUUCAAUAGUUACCAUUUUCAAAAAUGGAAAAAAGGUAGACCAUGCAAAACCACUGGUGUUAAACUAAAGAUAAAUCGGGCAUUUCAUAAAAUCAAUCGACUAUAAAACUCAUAUGAAUGUACAUAUGUAAGAUUCUUCCUAGGUAAGAGAAGUAAUGCAUCUUUGUGGUUUGAAAUAGUUUAGAUUAAAGUUUCCUCUGAUGAGUAGACUGCAGCCAAUUAAAGGUAAAUCCAAUAAGACUAUUGGUAUUCCUCUUAUGCAUCCUAAAUUAAUGGCUCAUUAUCCUAAAUGGAUCCUUUUAAAUGUUUUCUUAUUUUACAAUCUAUAGUAGGGACAGUCCAGAAUUCAUGAUAAAUACUCCAAAGAUUUAUUCUGAAUUUAAAAAUUAACUGUAAUGCAUAUAAAUACUGUGUGUAUUAGUAAACCUUUUUUCUCA